AUGCAUUCAUUGAAUAAAACAAUUACUAUUCCAAUUCGUUAUAUUCAGAAAACAUUGUUGGUUAAUAGAGGUCAUGAUGGUCAGCCUAUACAAAUAAUUCUUAUGUUGAAUAGUGCUGUGAAAAUUGAAGAAAAUGAAACUAACAUUAAUAGUUGUACCAGAAUUGGUAACGACGAAAUUCCAAAUUCAUUUACCGAUAUUAUAUCCAAAAGUAGUGCAUUAUUCCUUCAAUUUGAUCCUCCUGCAAAUGCAUGGCCAUUCUUACUUUCUCUACCCAUCGUUGGUCAUACUGAUAAUAAUAAACGACAAGAUGGGAAUUUUCAUAUAAACUUUGCUUUAUUUACGACAGAAGAUUGGCCGAAUAUGAAUGCUAUUGAAAGACCCUGUUUCAAUUCAUUUAAAAGUCAGUAUUCUAUUGAAAUGUUAUAUUCGCUCGGCUAUAUCUUUACUGAUAAAUAUAUGAAAUCACAAGCUGCUCGAAAAUCAUUUAUAAAAAUCGAAAGAGAUUUUACUAAUGAAUUUCACAAUGUUUGUUCGCGUAUUUACAAGGCUUUAAAAGAAAACCAGUGUCUUGACUUCGAUGAUUUAAUUAGACUACACACACCAAAUACAAAUACGAGCAAUAAUAUGAGCAUUGAUAUGACAUUUAUGGAUGAUCAAAACGUUCUUAUUCGGCAUAUUACUCUUACUCCAAUGCAUGUAACAUUCAAUCCACUGAUUCGAGAACGUAGUAACCGAGCCUUACGUAUACGAGGUACUGAAAAGUACAUACGAGUUUGUAUUCGAGAAGAAAAUAAUGAAAAUUUGGAUACACUUACCGCUGAAAUUCGAUUACGCUUCAAGCGAAAAAUGUUUACCGAUGGUAUCAUGUGUAUGAAUAAACGCUAUUAUUUCGUUGGUGCAUCGACAAGUCAAAUGAAAAAAUUCUCUUAUUGGUUCUCAGCAUUGAACGAUGGGGAAACUAUUGACCAAGUACGGGCACAAUUCGGUGAUUUUACUGCAAUUAAAAAUUUGGCCACAUAUGUCGCUCGAGUUGGUCUAUAUUUUUCGACGUCAUCUGCCACUGGUAUACCUUUAAAUUACAUUAAUUUAAAUUCAAAUAUUAUCAAUAUACCAGGCGCUGGCUCUCCUGCAUCGUCAUCAUUAUCUAACUGGUCAUGGAUGCAACCUCGAUCGUGGUUCAAAAAAUCAAGUGAUAUACCAUCGGUAUUUCAAAUACGUAUGGCUGGGUGUAAAGGAAUACUAAUGAUUGAUCCGGAGUCAGCACAUGAUGAUUAUUACAUUAAAGUUCGAGAUAGUAUGGUUAAAUUCGAAAGUGACGAUUGGACAUUACAUAUAUGUGAUUAUUCUCGACCAAUGCCUUUAAGUUUAAAUAAUCAGAUUAUACGUUUACUGAGUGAUCUCGGAAAUAAACUUGAGAUAUUUGAAUCACUACAGAAUCGUAUGUCGAAACCAGUUCUGUGGCAUCCACCAGAAGAUACCUAUUUGAAUGUGUUUGAUAGUGAAUUAAUUAAUGAUCAACAAUUACGUUAUUUAAAUGUGAAAGAAAAUUUGUUACGUAAUAAAAUCCCAUUGCCGAUCGAUGAGGCACGAAAUAUGUUUGGAGUUGCUGAUGUCACCGGUCAGCUAAAGUAUGGUCAAUGCUUUAUACAAUACCAAGUGAAAGUAAAAGAAAAAAUAACUUAUAAAGUUGUAAAAGGAACGGUACUGGUAACAAAAAAUCCCUGUUUAUAUCCAGGAGACAUUCGUAAACUUGAAGCAGUUGAUGUAAAAUUAUUGAGACAUUGUAUGCGUGACUGUAUCGUGUUUCCUACCACUGGAUCUCGUCCUCAUAGUGAUCAAAUAAGUGGAUCUGAUCUCGAUGGUGAUCAAUAUUGGGUCUAUUGGGGAAAAGAUUUGAAUAUUGAUAAACCUAUUGAACCAUUGAAUCAUUCAUCAGCAACAAAACUGACUGUUUCAGAGAUCACAAAUGAAAUGGUGAUUGAUUAUGUCUUGGAUACAAUUGAACGAAAUUAUUACUCAAUCAUAGCUGACGUGCACACAGUAGUCGCUGAUAGAAUAGAAAAAGGUACGAUGUCGAAAGAAUGCGUCGAACUAGCAACAUUAUUUUAUCGUGCCAUUGAUUCGCCUAAAACAGGUGAAACUAUCGAUAUGAACAGGGUGUAUGAAUUGAAAGAUCAGUUUUGCAAGUCGUUUCCGACAUUUAUGAUGAAAUCUGAUCAAUCAUAUUAUAAAUCAUCAUCCACUAUCGGAAACUUAUAUUUAAAGGCAAAAUUAAUUGUUAUUAAAAGAAAAGAGAUGUAUGAUAGAUACCAGAUAACAUCGGCUCGUCAAACUAGAGUACCAAUAUUGUUUAGAGUUAUAUCGAAUCCUGAAUUGUCAUAUAUUCAGUACUUACUUUUAAUUAAAAGCUUUUUAACAAGCAAUUUGGGUACUCUGUUUCGAUUACCAACACAGCAUGAAACUUGUUAA